AUGCGACUGAAGGAAGGGUGCGACAAUGGAUGAAUAAAAUGUUAAAAGAUUCUAUUCUAGCAGCCCGUAAAAUGCGGAUUCAUGGUGAGCAACAUUGUGCGAACAAAAUUCCAUAUGAGAGGUGGAGAAGAUACGCGUCAGAACUGCGAGGUCUCAGCUGAUUUGACUAGUAAGAAGCUUCAUGCUGGUCCGAAGAUUUGUGAUGGCUGUGUCUUAUCGUGUUUUCAUGAGGAAUACGGUCACAGAAAAGUUCGAUAAAACAAACAGUUCGUAAUGUAUCCAUUAUUUUAUACCCGUACAACGAUGGCUGUACGAUCCAGCGUAUUCAAUCAUGGAUGCUACUGUAAAACAUGGUGUGGGCACUAUCGUAGUCUUAACUAUGUCAUGCCAGUUUGUUCGAGUAGGAGAAGUUUCCAAACGUUUUCUAAAUCUGUGGAACCGACGCUAACAAGUUAUUAUCCUAUAAACCAUCUGUACAUGCAAAAUCGAAACUUUUACGUAUCACCGACAUGGAAUGGGCAUCAGGAGCACUCUUCUAAAGUUGAAGAAACAGUAAAAAAUAUCAAGGAGCAAAAGGAACAAUCGGAAAAAGAAAAGCUUGCUGUUCGUGCAACGAAUACAGUUGCCGAAUCCCCGACAAAAGCUGUCGCUGUAAAACGAACAAUCUGGCAAAAAGUAAAAGCAGAAAUACUGCAUUACUAUCAUGGUUUUCGAUUGUUGGGACUAGAUAUGAAAGUUUCAGCAAAAUUGAUAUGGCGCAUUCUACGCGGGAAAGACUUGAGCAGAAGAGAGCAUAGAUUGCUGAUUAAAACGACGGGUGAUGUCUUCAGACUCAUACCAUUCUCUGUGUUCAUAAUUGUACCCUUUAUGGAAUUGUUGCUGCCCGUAGCAAUUAAAUUAUUCCCAGGUUUGUUACCAUCUACUUUUCAAACUGCAACUGAGAAGGAAGAUAAACUUAAACAGGCACUGAAGGUCAAACUCGAGGUAGCCAAGUUUCUACAAAAAACACUCGACGAUAUGGCCGUGCAGUCAUCAGAUCGAAACUCGGAGAAAGCCAAGGAAUUCAGUGACUUUUUCUACAAAAUUAGAUUGGGUGCCGUCGCUUCCAACGAAGAAAUAAUGAAAUUCAGUAAACAAUUCGAGGACGAAAUAACACUUGAUUCUUUAUCACGACCACAGUUGAUAGCCCUCUGUAGGGUAGUGGAUGUACAAACGCUUGGUACCACCAACUUUUUACGCUUUCAGUUGAGAAUGAAGCUAAGAAGUCUUGCUGCUGACGACAGGAUGAUUGACAAAGAAGGAGUCGAAUCCCUGACGAGAGCGGAAUUGCAGCAAGCAUGUCGAGCUCGAGGAAUGCGAGCAUAUGGAAUGCCGGACUCAAGGUUGAGAGAACAAUUAGCACAAUGGUUGGAUCUGAGUCUUGGUGAAAAGGUACCUCCAACGCUAUUACUUUUGUCACGCGCACUCAUGGUUUCUGACACUAUUCCUACUUCCGACAAAUUGAAAGCUACUAUAUCGGCACUACCUGAUACUGUGGUGACCCGUACAAAGGGUGCUAUCAGUGAGAAGGAGGGUAAGGUCGAUCAUCGAACGAAUAUCGAAAUUAUAAAAGAAGAAGAGCGUAAGAUCGAAGAAGAAAGGCAAGAGAAGAGACAGGAGAGUAUUCCUAAACCAUCUAUGAUUGAUCUUACUCUUCAAAACCAAGAUGAAAUCACUACUAAAGACGUCAAAGUCUUGGAGGAAGCUUUAGACAAUCUUGGCAAGGAAAAACAAAUGGCCGUGGAAAAGGAAGAAAUAAAGGAGCUUAAAGAAGAGAUGGCCGAAUAUCAAGAAGAUAUUCAGGAAUUGUACAAAAUGAAAGCUCAAGCAAAGGGAGAGGCUGAUAUAGAAGGAUUGAAAGUGUCAAAGGGAGCAAAACGCUUGUUUACUAAAGUGAACAAGAUGAUUGGCAAAAUGGACGCAGUUUUGGCAGAGCUUGAGCAAUCUGAAAAGAAAAUAAAAGAGAAGAUAGAGGAGCUUAGUUCAGAGGAGAAAAAAGAUUCGCAUGUGACUGCAGAGCUUGUUAAGAUAGACGAAUUAAUCGCAGCUAUAAAACGGAUACAAAGUGUUCCUGACGAUUCUCGGUUAACUAGAAUUGCAGAAAUUCUUGGAAAGAUCGAUGACGACCGUGAUGGUGCCAUAAAAAUUGAAGAUGUACUCCGGGUGGUGGAACUAAUCGGGCAAGAAGACGUAAAACUGAGCAAAAAGCAGAUGGAUGAGCUAAUCGAACUAAUGGACAAAGAAGAAGUUCUUGAAGUGGAGGAGCAAAUCCAAAAAGCACUGAAGAAAAUAGGAAUAGAAACAAAAGAAGCAACAGAGCCGAUACAUGAAGAUGUAGAAAAAAUUGUACAGGCAUCUUCGCAAGCAAAUUCAGUUGAAGACAAUGCAACUGUUCAAGCAACAGAGACAAAAAUUACAAAGGUGGAAACCAAGACAGACAAUAAGAGCACAUCUUCUAAUGAGAGAAGUGACCUAUCGCAACCAAUGUCGGUUACAAAACCAGAAAGUAGAGACGUAAGGGAUCCUACCGUAACAACAGUUACAUCAAGCGUACCGCCUCCUCCAAAAAAAGCAGAAGGUUCUAAACAACUGUGAUUUCCGUUAGAUCAACCCAAUAUAUUAUGAAGUCGUUUAAAUUCGAAGCGCAGACAGUUGAACUGAAACGGAAAAUACUGCCAGUGUUUGUAAAAAUGCGUUUUGGUGUCCGUGAGUCUGGAGCUUCUUCGAGCCAGUGAUAUUCAGUACAUGAUAAUCAACGAAAACUGAUGAAAUGCGAGAUGGAGGUUGCCGCCGACCUUGUAACACGUGGUAUUACAAAACAAUAGUACAUGUUCACGAAUAUAAGAUCGUGUAUAUUCCUUCUUCUGUCCUGUUAUUCUUAUGGAAUGGUGCUUUUAACAGUCAUUUUGUAAUUUGUAUAGAUUGUAAACAAGGACUCAUCCAUAUAUAACUUAUUCGUAAUCUAUCAUUUAAAGAAGUAGAGCAUGAGGUAAAUGCAACCAGUAAUAGCGGGGCGGCAGUGGGGGGAAAGGGGAAUAGUAUUACGGUAUUUACUACUCAUUCUCUGAGUGACAAUAUGCAUGCGCUGGCCACAAACAUGUGUCGCUUAUUAAAAUUGUAUAAUUUUUUUAUUAUGAAAAUUACAAAAAAAGAUUUGUUAUCUCGUAAUGGAGGUAUCAUUCCACGUUUUCGGAAUUUAGUUAUCACUGCAUACCAAGCAACUGCUUUGUUGAUAAACUAGCUUCAGCAGUUGAGUGAAGGAUAAUUGUUUCAUGUUACAUAUGCAAAUUUUCUCGGGGUACGUAUCAUACACACCGAC